AGGGCGCUGACACAAAGCACCAGAUGAGACGAGAACAACUUGAGAGAGGAUGAGGCCAUUCACUAGCCUGUUUUAGCUACACACAUCUAGCUACGCUUAGCUUUGCCGGAGGCUAACGAGCAGGCUAAAACAUCAGUUUGUUUUAAUGUCUCCUGACUUAUCAAGUGAUGGCAAGAGAACAGUGUUCAGAAACCGAAGCUGAACUGUAUUACCUCAUUGCCAGAUUUCUACAGUCUGGGCCAUGCAAAAAGGCAGCACAGAUUCUGAUCGAGGAGCUGGAGGAGUAUGAGUUGGUCCCUCAACGAUGGAGUUGGGACGGGAAGAAAUACAAACGCACCUUCGACGACUGGGUGAUUUUGAACCAGCACAUUCCUGCAGAUUAUCUGCUCCGUGUUUGUCAGAGGAUAGGUCCUCUUAUAGAAAAGGAGAUCCCACCUAGUGUUCCUGGAGUCCAAACACUUCUAGGUUUGGGAAGACAGUCUUUGCUUCGCACCAACAAAAGUUGCAGUCAAGUAUACACUGGCUCAGCUGUUACUGCACUCCAUCGAGGACGUCCACCAGAACCUCCAGUCAGCAAUGGAAAUGCCCCCAGUGUUGUCACCAUCAUGGGUGCUCGCCAGGCCACAGGUACAGCUCGGUUUGAUCAGACACUGCCGUCUUCCUCCUACCAGCAUAUGAAAAUACACAAACGUAUCUUGGGCCACCUGUCUUCAGUUUACUGUGUAGCCUUUGACCGCACAGGUCGUCGGAUAUUUACGGGUUCUGAUGACUGCCUGGUAAAAAUCUGGGCCACAGAUGAUGGGCGACUCCUGGCAACACUGCGUGGCCACUCAGCAGAGAUCUGUGACAUGGCUGUCAAUCAUGAGAAUACUCUCAUUGUGUCAGCAAGCUGUGACAAAGUCAUACGAGUGUGGUGCUUACGAACAUGUGCACCAAUCACUAUUUUGCAGGCACAUGCUGCUUCCAUCACAUCUAUACAGUUUUGUCCUGCUGUCAAAGGAACAACGCGUUACCUGGCCUCCACCGGUGCAGAUGGCAUGGUGUGCUUCUGGAAGUGGCAUUCAGUCAGCAUGAAAUUUAAUGAUCAACCAGUUAAGUUUGUUGAGAGGUCGCGUCCAGGAGUACAAGUCUCUACUUCCUCCUUCAGUAGUGGAGGAAUGUUCAUGGCUACUGGUAGCACUGAUCAUAUGAUCAGGGUUUACUACCUUGGUGCUGAAACUCCAAUGAAGGUUUCUGAGAUGGAUGCUCACACUGAUAAAGUUGUAGUUGUCCAGUUCAGCAAUAACAGUGACAGCCUAAGGUUUGUGAGUGGUAGUCGUGACGGCACAGCCAGGAUCUGGCAUUAUCAGCAACAAGAGUGGAAGAGCGUCAGUUUAGACAUGGCUGCCAGACUCCCGGGCAGUACUGUUGCCAAUGGGGAUGAUAAAACCAAGCUGGUGGUGACCAUGGUGGCCUGGGACCGUACAGAUAGCACAGUCAUCACAGCGGUGUCAAACUACCUGCUCAAAGUGUGGAGUACAAGCACCGGACAGCUACUGCAUGUUUUAACUGGUCACGAUGACGAGGUGUUUGUGCUUGAGGCUCAUCCAUUUGACUCGCGCAUCAUGCUCUCUGCCGGCCACGAUGGCAACAUUUACAUCUGGGACCUGGCAAGAGGAGCCAAGAUCCGAAAUUUCUUCAACAUGAUUGAAGGACAAGGCCAUGGUGCUAUUUUUGACCUCAAGUUCUCAGCUGAUGGGCAGCAUUUUGCUUGCACUGACUCACAUGGCCACUUGCUCAUCUUUGGCUUUGGCUGCAGCAGACCAUAUGAGAAGAUCCCGGACCAGAUGUUCUUCCAUACGGACUACCGACCUCUUAUUCGUGAUGCUAACAACUACGUCCUAGAUGAGCAAACGCAACAGGCCCCACAUCUAAUGCCACCACCCUUUCUGGUGGAUGUUGAUGGGAAUCCUCACCCUCCUCACUACCAGCGACUAGUACCAGGAAGAGAGAACUGCAAGGAUGAUCAGCUGAUACCUCAGCUAGGAUACAUGGCCAACAGUGAUGGCGAGUUAGUUGAGCAGGUGCUUGGUCAGCAAACAGCAGAAAAUGGAGAAAGCCUGUUGGACAAUCUCAUCAGACAGUUGCAAAACGAGCAGGAUGAGCGUCAGAAUGCAGUGCAGCAGGCGGAAGAAGCUGAUGCUGGUGAUGCAGAAGAUGUGGCGGACUCCUCUCCGGCCGAUGGACCUCGAAGAAGCGGACAAGUGGACGGGGUGUGGCAGUUGCAGCAUAAUGCUCUGCCAAGCCAAGUGGCCACAGAGAGGGACCUGCUGGCCUGGAGCCGCAGAGUGGUGGUCAAUGAAGUGCCACAAGGGACAUUUAGAGUUUCGGAGGAGUGCAGACAAGCUAAAGGUGAUAUGGAAUGUUCUCUAUACAAUGCUGAAAGGAGGAAGAAACCAGCCACCUGCAUACCCAAGAGUGUUCCCCUGACUUCACGCCUGCGUUCCCUGCGGCCAACCAAGAAGAAGAAGCAGCAGCGUCACACUUAUCAGACCCGCUCGGCUCAGGUUCGUCGUCCUGGGAGCAGGAGUCAGAAUCUGAGCAACCGGCGUAACUCUGACAGUCAGGUCGACUCGGACAGUGAUAGAGAGGCAGCAGAGCAGGUGGAGCAAAGUGAUGCUUCUUCUGAUGGUGAAACCAAGUGGCAGAGUGAAAGCAGCUCCAGUGACUCCUCCAGUGAAUAUUCUGAUUGGACAGCUGAUGCUGGGAUUAACCUUCAACCACCAAAGCGACCAACCCGGAGGCCUGUACAGCCCCAAGGUUACAGCAGCUCCGAGGAUGAAGAGGGUGAAGACAAAGGAAACGAGGCCAAGAAAAGAGAAACUGAGAAAAGGAAAAAGCCCAAAGAAGUCAAACAGAAACCCACAUCUUCUUUGGCUGGACUUGAUGCAGAGGAGUGGCUGCCACCAUCAUGGAUAAUGGAUACUAUCCCACGUCGCUCUCCUUUUGUUCCACAAAUGGGAGAUGAGCUUAUAUACUUCAAACAGGGCCAUCAGGCCUAUGUCCGGGCAGUCCGCAGAGCCAAGGCCUACAGCAUCAACCCUCAGAAACAACCAUGGAACAGACUCAACCUCAGGGACCAGGAAUCUGUGAAAGUGGUUGGAAUUAAAUAUGAAGUUGGACCUCCAGCUCUCUGCUGCCUAAAACUGGCUUUCUUAGAUCCGGUCUCAGGGAAGAUGACCAACGAGUAUUUCUCUUUAAAGUACCAUGACAUGCCUGAUGUCAUCGAUUUUCUGGUACUCCAGCAGUUUUACAACGAGGCUAAAGAGCACAACUGGCAACCAGGUAUGAGGUUCCGCAGCAUCAUUGACGAUGCCUGGUGGUUCGGCUCUGUAGAAGACCAAGAGCCUCUGCAGCCAGAGUAUCCAGACAGCCUGUUUCAGUGCUAUGCAGUGAAGUGGGAUAAUGGCGAACGGGAGAAGAUGAGUCCAUGGGACAUGGAGCCUAUUCCUGAGGAAGCUGCGUUGCCAGAACGUGUUGGCGAUGGAGUGGAGGUGGCUGAGGAAGAACUAAAAGCUCUGCUUUACAAGCCUCAGGAAGGCGAGUGGGGGGCUCACACGCGAGAUGAAGACUGUGAGCGAGUCAUCCAUGGGAUUGAUCAGCUUCUUACUCUCGAUGUAGCCAAGGCAUUUGCAGUGCCAGUAGAUCUGCGGGCCUACCCUCUGUACUGCACUGUGGUAUCUUACCCCACUGACCUCAGCACAAUCCGCAAGCGACUGGAAAACCGCUUCUACAGGCGAAUCUCUGCUUUAAUGUGGGAGGUGCGCUACAUCGAACACAAUGCCCGCACUUUCAAUGAACCCCAGAGCCCUAUUGUAGCAUCUGCCAAGGUGGUGACUGACGUUCUCUUGCACUACAUCGGGGACCAAAGCUGCACAGAUAUAUUGGAUCUGUAUCACAGACUGAAGUCUGAGAUCAGCAGUGAAGGAGAAGCUGAGGCCGAGUUGGAUGUGGAUUCUGACACUCCAGGAACUUCUACAGGGAAUAGGGGAGCCAACUUGAAGCGUGGUGUGGUUUUGGAUGUGAAAGCAUGGCGAGGUCAAUGCAGAGAGCUGCUGUGUCGAAUGAUUGCCUCCCCAGAUUCAGAUCCAUUCCGCCAGCCCGUGGAUCUGUUUGAGUAUCCGGAUUAUCGGGACAUUAUUGACACACCCAUGGAUCUUAGUACAGUAUCAGAAACACUUAUAGCAGGAAAUUACGAAAACCCAGUGGAGUUUGCAAAAGAUAUCCGUCUCAUUUUCAGCAACUCCAAAGCAUACACGCCCAACAAGAAAUCCCAGAUCUACAGUAUGACCCUUAGCCUUUCAGCCUUUUUUGAAAAACACAUCAUCUCCAUCAUCUCCGACUUCAAGUCUGCUAUUCAGAAUGAACGACGGACUCGUCAGAGACUCAGUUACAGAAACAGACUACACAAUGGAGGCAGCUCCCCACCUAACAGUCCACCUCCCAGCCCUAAAGGGAAGCACAAGUCAGGGAAGGUUUCAAAGCCAACAAAGGCCCAGACCUCAACAAGGAAUCCUUCUCAGAGACCACAUCAGGCUCAACAAAGUAGCAGUGUAGCGGAUGAAGAGGACAUCCAGCCUUCUUCCCCAAGUUCAGGGACAAGCAGCGAGAGUGAGAACCAAGCAUCCCAUCGGAUGACCCGCAGCCAAAGUACUCCAGUAAAGAAAUCAGCUCACCGGCGUGACCUAAGUACCAGCUCCAGACAGCAUCCCAGACGAGAAGCCCUGCAGUCAGACGAUGACGAGGAAGCUUCAGGAUCCAAUAGUUCAUCCUCUGAGUCAUCCUCCACCUCAUCAUCUUCCUCUUCCUCCUCAUCAUCUGACAGCUCUGAUUCUGAUGUGGAGAAAUACGUGGAAGGGGGUGAUCACGAUUACAGCAAAGCCCCUUGCCUGUCAGUACGCCUCUCAACUAAGGGAAAGAUGGCGGCCUCGGGGAAAAGGAGGCAGAAAGCAGAGGGGGACAUGUCACCUAUAGCACCUAAAAGAGCACGACUGCAGCUACCGGUGAAGGUGGAGGAAGAUGAAGAAGGGGACGACGAUGAAGAUGAGGAGGAGGAAGAGGAAGUUGAGCAACAACAGGUGGACGAUGAGGAGGAGGAGCCUGAGGAGGAGGAGGAGCCUGAGGAGGAGGAGCCUGAGGAGGAGGAGGAGCCUGAGGAGGAGGAGGAUGAGGACAAGGACAACUCUGAUGAGGUGCAGAGCGGGGCUGCAGGCGCAGUGGUGAGCAGUCAGAGAGGCAGCCAGUGCAAGUCUAGACGCGUCAACACACGGAACCAGGGCCGCAGGACAGUUCUGUACAGGGACGACUCAGAGGAUGACGGCCAUGGGUCCAAGGAGGACCCCCUCAACCUGGGCAUGUCCCGCUCGGGACGGGUACGCCGGAUGACUGAGAAGGCCCGCGUCAGCCACCUCAUGGGUUGGACUCACUGACACCGCGCCAACUUUAAACACCUCAAUAAACUGUUAAACAUGAGAACUUCAGGGAUUUUUUUUCUUUUUAUACAUGUGUGUAUAUAAAAACAAAUAUAUAUAUUAUUGUUUCUCUCGUUAUGAGACUACUUGUGACUCUCACACCGAUAGCUGGUGCUCAGAAAAUGUUGCCAAGGAGUUUGAUCCCUGGACGACGUGGAUCCUCCCCAGCUGGACUAACUCACCUCAGCCUUAAUGCUCACUGGAGGAGCCGUUAGGAUGCUGCACUGACCUUCUCUUCCUCGUCCAGUGUGCUUCUCCUGUCCACGACUAAAACACUAUCUGCUCUUUUUUUCAUCCUUCCCAGAAACUUUUCUCCUUGCUCCUGGUCACCAAAGAAGGAUGCAGAAAAGCCAAAAAAAGUGGUGCUCAUGUUUUUUUUUUUUUUUUCAUCGUUUAGAAAAAGCAAUCACACAAAGCUCUGACGGACGUUGUCACUCUGGACCACCAUGAGACACGUGCAGUAUCACUCAGCUUUUUGGUACUUGUUUUUUCUCCAAAACCACAUGCCUUAGUUUUCAGAGCUCACACAGUUCAGACUUGUUCUGUCUGCAGCUGGAUGCAAGACCAGCUUGGUUUGGGGAGCAGCAGAACUGAGGCAUCAGUCAAUUUGGUCAGGACCCUCUUGACAUUCUGGGUCUUUGAAAGGUAAAUGUUUUACCUGCUUUUUUGCUAUUGCAAUUUAUUCACAUUCUGUAAAUUAAUAUUUUUACAUUUUUGUUUUUGUUGGUGGGUAAAACAGCCACUGUUUGUGUUUGUACUGUUGUAGGAUCUCGUGAUCAAAUCCAUUCUAGUUGCUUCUGUGACAGCUUCUCUACUGCAUGUGCAGAAGGAAAGAAGGAUCCUUGGCCAGCUCACUUCCAUAGGAAUAUUUAUUUUUCCAUUGUGUUGUAUGUGGGUUACUUUAAACUAGAUGUUAAUAGUAAGGAGGAUAAGGAAAUAUUUGCACAUUUAUCUACUCCACAUGGCAGCUGAGUAAUAAAUAUAUGAAAGAAAUCAGAUUAAAACCUCAUAGGUUUUGUAUUUAAAUUAUUUUGAACUGUGCCAGCACACAUACACACACAAAUCAGUCUAUUUUUCAUUAUUUUAAAGGUUGGAAAUGUUAUAUUUUUUUGCCUGAAACCUGUGUUUUAGCUCUGCCACACGCAAUCACUUUUCCAUGAUAUUCUCUCAAUUGGUGUCACUCAUUCUGCCUACAGUAGAUUUACAAGUGUGACUGGCCAUCUCGCAUUUCUAAGAUCCUUAUGGGGGUAAUCUACAUCAUCACUGACGCGUCCUGUUCCGUUGCACAAAUAAUGUUUACUUUAAAGCUUGCACAGUUUUUAGUUGGUAAAUCAUUUGUGGCAGCGUCCAGUCAGGAGAAUCCAGAAAAGAUGAGUCAUGUCUUCGCAUUUUAACACCGGGUGCUGUGAUUGAAACGCAUCUCCUCAUCGCUCUGCCUAAGUGUGGUCACACAGACCUCAAGCUAUUUUUCCCUUUUUCGGUGAGGGGGGGUUUGAAGUUUGGCUUGUGUGAGCUUUUAAGACCAAUCCAAACCUAUAGUCCCCUGGGUGGUAGCAUUAACAGGCAUUUUGAAAUGAUUCUGGUUGAGUGUGAAAAGGCUGAUUCACAUUUGGGGAUGUUAUUUUGAUGUAGUAGAUGGUUUUUAGUCUUGCCUCGAAGCAUCAGAUUAGUUGGUGACAAAUACAACAAUAACAUUCUACUGUAGCUUUUAUACACAAUGUUUUGAUUGUAUGUGUUUUUUUUCUAAAUAAAAAAAUCAAAUUUC